GCCCGGUGAGCGUCCUGGCAGAGCCCCACCGGGGAAAGAGGGGCUCCGGAAGGGCUGGGGAGCCACCUUUCAGGUGACAAAGGAGCUGCGGGGUGCCCUAGCAUUGAGAUGACUCAGGAGACAAACCAGACCCCAGGGCCCAUGCUGUGUAGUACAGGAUGUGGAUUUUAUGGAAAUCCUAGGACAAAUGGGAUGUGUUCUGUUUGCUACAAAGAGCAUCUUCAGCGACAGCAGAAUAGUGGUAGAAUAAGCCCAAUGGGUAAGGGAACAGCCAGUGGUUCAAACAGUCCUACCUCAGACUCUGCAUCUGUACAGAGAGCAGACACUAGCUUAAACAACUGUGAAGGUGCUGCUGGCAGCACAUCUGAAAAAUCAAGAAAUGUGCCUGUUGCCGCUUUGCCUGUAACGCAGCAAAUGACAGAAAUGAGCAUUUCAAGAGACGAAAAAGUAACGCCGAAAACAGAGACUGAGCCAGUUGUUACUCAACCAAGCCCAUCGGUUUCUCAGCCUAGUACGUCGCAGAGUGAAGAGAGGACUCCUGAGCUGCCCAAACCAAAGAAGAACAGAUGUUUCAUGUGCAGAAAGAAGGUUGGCCUUACAGGAUUUGACUGCCGAUGUGGAAACUUAUUUUGUGGACUUCACCGAUACUCUGACAAGCAUAACUGCCCGUAUGAUUACAAAGCAGAAGCUGCAGCAAAAAUCAGGAAAGAGAAUCCAGUUGUGGUGGCUGAAAAAAUCCAGAGAAUAUAGGUUAACCUGCUUGUGAACAGACUGACUGACUCUUUGUUUUUAAUAUAUCCUAGGAAAACACAAAAGAGCAGGUGCAUGGCCGUUUUCCUCUGUUCUCCAAAGUUUUACUUUUAGUCUUGUCUGUCUUAUAAUGAUAUUUCAGAAUGUUUGGGUGUUUGUUACAGGCAGAAUCGGAUAGAUACAGCCCUUGAAAAUAUAUAUGCCCUCCCCAGAAUAUAAUUGGAUGAUCAGAAACCUGCAUAGGAAUUCACAUGCACAGAGGACAGACUCUCUAGUUCACGUGUGCCAAACAGAUGUAUGCUAUCUGCAUGUUUGCAGCAGAUCUGACUUUUCAGAUAUGUUUGAGAUAUAUAAUCUUUGGUUAGUGUUAUGUGCCUGUUUUGGAGAAGGAUACAUCGAAAAGGUUGGCAGUCUAUCAUUUUAAAUGUCAUUCUAAUUUUAGUUUCCACACUCCAUUGUUUUCCAGCAGAGUGUAUGUUACGUAGAGGGGUCCACCAUCCCAGUAAAAUGAAUGUUGGUGCCAUAUUUAAGAAAGUUACUUAUCAAUUGCACUGAGAAAAGUGGAAAAAAUCAGAUACGUAUGAGAAGAAGACUGUUUUGGAAAAGAUUACAUUAGCUUUAGAAUCAUGAAAAUGCGAAAAAAUUUCUUUACUUUGAGGGUGGCAGAGGACUGGAACAGGCUGCCCAGGGAGGUGGUGGAGUCUCUUUCUCAGGAGACAUUCAAAACCCACCUGGAUGCAUUCCUGUCCAUCCUGCUCUAGGUGAACCUGCUUGGGCAAGGGGGUUGGACUUGGUGAUCUCUGGAGGUCCCUUCCAAUCCCUAACUUUCUGUGUGAUUCUGUAAAAUCGGUUCCUGAAGGAAAUGUCCUGCUAGGAACUUACGAACUGACCUGCAACAGAGUUGUCUGCUUUUCCUUGCAUAGCUAAAAAUGUCGUGUAGCACAAUAUUGUAAGAUUGGUUUACCAAAAAAAAGUUACAUAUGUUUUUAGACAUACCACAUCAGCUCUAUCAAGCAAUACGUCUGAUGGGUAAGUUGCUGAAGUAUUAGAACAGUUUAUUAUUCAUAUACUACUUAAGUUCUGUGUGUUCUGAGUUCAAAAGAAUAUUAGGAGUUAAUUUUUUCUAGUUUUAAAUGUAACAAUUGCACUGUUCUGCAUGGAAAACCAUACCCAACAUGGCUGCUGUAGACUUAACUGGUAGCUGGAACCACUCUUGGAGGGCUGCUUUAUCAUUUUUAAUUGUACUUGGGUGUAGGACUAGUGUUCUUGGGUGUAUUGCAUGGGCUGCAUUAUCUACAGCAUUGUACAAUAACAACUCUAGAAAAGGCAGUAUACUUCACUGAUGCUUGUCUGGUAAUAUCACUUCUGUGUUAUAAUGGAAGGGGUUUUGUGAUGUAUGAAACUUGUGUUUUUUUAUAUAAACAAGUACAGUUUAGACUAGUGUUGUGGUAAUGCCUGUUCUCAUCUGUAAAUAGUUACGUAUUGUACACAAGGCGCUACUCCUGAACUUCCAAUUUUUAUUGCAGUGUUCAGUCUUAGUUUAUACUUCACUAUUAAAAGUAUCAGGUUUUUGCUUCUAACUUUGUUUUUCUGAGUUAUUAGAUAUGCAAACAUGUACAGAUAGUUCAUAUUUAUGUAUUGCACAUAAUCAUGCUACCCAGCAUCUAUGCUGUAUUGUAUUAUGUAAAUAAUAAAAAUCAUGUACAGAAGGAAAUA